AGCUCCAGUCAAGUCUCCGGGCUAUUGUCAUCUUGGGCCGAUUAUAUGUGCCUGGAAAGACGAAGAAAACAUACUUCGCUGAAAGACAAGUGCUCAGGAGUUUAAAAAGCUAAAAAAAGAAACCAACCAGCUGAAAUGAGGGGCAGAAAUGAACGGUUCUGAAUGAAGACUGAUGCUGUGCUGUGAGAUGCCAUCCAGCAUGCUGAAAGAGUGAUAACCUACAGAUUUUUUGCUUGAGAGCAAACCUAAACCUCUCCUGGGGAAAGAACUAGCAAGGCUGUCACUUUGUGUUGCAAUCUCUUUCUAGACAUUGAGUAAAGCAAAAGAAAAAGAAGGGAAAAAAAAGAACGACAGCAGAGGGCUUGUGUGCAUUUGUAUGAGUGAGGAGGAAGCCAAGCAGAAGCAGCCUUGCAUAAAAGAUUCUGUUCAGUUAAGAAAUCAGAAGAGCCUUCCAGAUUUGUGGUCUGCAGCAGUCUUACCUCCGACACAGAAGGAAUGAAGAGCAGCUGGGGGCCAACAAAACGUAUGAUGACCCAAUGCUGAAUAGGUCCUGCCUGUUCUGCUGCAACUGCCUAAUAAUCAGGUUUACAGACAGCUAAGGCAGUGCUGUCUCAUCUUCUCUCACGGAUUGUGCCAGCAACAGCAGGGUGGACAUGGGUGUUCGUGUUUGUGGAUUGGUGUUACUUUUGUUAUUUUUUCAGUGCAGCUGCUUGGGGUUUAGAAGCCCACUUUCUGUUUUUAAACGGUUUCAAGAUCGCUACUGGCCUCCUCCAAGUGAAUGUGCAAGAACUGGACAGACAAUGAUUUCUCCGGAUGGCCAGAAUUUUUCCCUUCAUAUUCGGAUGCCAGGGCUUACUCCUAAGGAGUCUGACAGCUACUUCUGUAUGUCUGUCCACGUGCCAAGGGAAGAGGACACUUAUAUAGUUGAUUUUCAGCCUCAUGCAAGUAUGGACACUGUUCAUCACAUGAUACUGUAUGGGUGCAGAUAUCCCUAUGCCACUGAUAAUUACUGGGACUGUGGUGGCAUUGAAGGGACUUGUAAAGACACUGCCAAUAUUAUUUAUGCUUGGGCAAGAGAUGCUCCUCCAACCAAACUACCCAAAGAUGUUGGAUUUAAAGUUGGUGGUGAUACUGGAAUUACAAACUUAGUGCUUCAGAUUCAUUAUGGAGAUGCUUCUGCAUUUAAAGAUAAACACAGAGACUGUUCUGGAGUAUCACUUAGAAUGACAUUAAAACCACAGCCGUUGACUGCUGGCAUAUAUCUCCUCAUGUCAAGAGAUGCUGUGAUACCACCAGGAAAAAAUGUAGUUAAUGCUGACAUUGCCUGUUCUUACAGAACAUCUACCAUGUACCCUUUUGCAUUCCGAACACACACUCACCGUUUAGGAAAAGUUGUAAGUGGCUAUAGAGUACGUGGAGGAAAAUGGACUUUAAUAGGUAGACAAAGUCCUCAGCUUCCCCAAGCAUUCUACUCAGCAAACAAAGGUGUUGAUAUAAGACAUGGAGACACGUUGGCUGCCAGAUGUGUAUUUUCAGGAGAAGGAAAGACAACUGAAACUCAUAUUGGAAGCACAUCUGCAGAUGAAAUGUGCAACUUCUACAUUAUGUAUUACAUGGAUGCAAAUGAAGCCAUCCCUUACAUGAAUUGCAUGCAAGAUGGGAACCCACUUUUGUUCAGAGAUAUUCCGAGAGAAGCUAACAUUCCAAUUCCAGUUAGUCCUGAUAUGAUGAUGAUGCAUGGGCAUCAAUCAGAAAAAGCAUCAAGUGAAGAUUCUGUUCUACAGCAGCCAAAAAGAGAAGAAGAAGAAGUUCCAGACCAGGGUGACUUCUAUUCCCUCCUUUCCAGAUUGCUAGGGGAAAGGGAAGAUGUUGUCCAUGUGCAUAAGUAUAACCCAGCACAGAAAACGGAAGCAGAUUUGGUUGCAGAAAUUGAUAACGUAGUCCAAAAGAAGGAUCUUGGUUGGCCUACUCAAAAAGGCAUAGCAGACUACAAUGACAGAGCAGAAACAGUUCUCAUAAGAGAUAGAAUUCACAAAUUCCACAAGCUAGAGUCAACUGUAAGGCCUUCUGGGAACAGGAUUUUAACAGCUAAACCACUUGAUGGGUCUAAUGCUGCCUACCUCCAGAAACCAGGUUAUCAUUUGAUAGAAAUGACUGAUUGGCCAGAGUCAGACUUUAAUCUUGGACAAGUAUCUGGGUUGGCUCUUGAUUCAAAUAAUAACUUGGUAAUCUUCCACAGAGGAGACCACAAAUGGGGAGCAAACACUUUCAGCAAUAAGCAUAUCUAUCAGCAAAAGCACUUGGGUCCUAUUCAGCAAGAUACAAUCCUGUUAGUGGAUCCAGUGAAAGGAAGUUUGCUUCACUCAACUGGAAAAAAUCUGUUCUUCAUGCCUCAUGGGAUAUCGACAGACAAGAAUGAUAACUACUGGGUAACUGAUGUUGCUCUUCAUCAGGUCUUCAAGAUAGGAAACAGUGGUGAUCGAGACUUCCAAGUAGUUUUGGGAGAAGCUUUCCAACCAGGGAGUGAUAAGUAUCAUUUCUGCCAACCAACAGAUGUGGCCAUCGAUCCAUUUUCUGGAAAUGUCUUUGUAUCAGAUGGCUACUGUAAUUCAAGAAUUCUGAAAUUUUCUCCUGAAGGAAAAUUCCUUACGCAGUGGGGAGCAGGGUCAUCUGAUGCCCACAGACCUCUUCAAUUUAAUAUUCCUCACAGUUUAGCUUUUGUACCUGAUCAAGGAGAGCUUUGUGUUGCUGACAGACAAAAUGGAAGAAUUCAGUGCUUUGUAGCAGAGUCUGGAGAAUUUGUUAAAGAGAUAAAGAAUGAUGAAUUUGGUGGAGAGGUGUUUGCUGUUUCUUAUGCUCCUGAGCAUGGUGGUUUAAUUUAUGCAGUAAAUGGAGAGUCCGAGUAUGGGAAGCUGGCACCUAUACAAGGAUUUGUGAUGAACUAUUCAACUGGAGUAAUUUUAGACACCUUUAGACCAGACACGAAGGACUUUCAGAUGCCACACGAUCUCGUCGUAGCUAGAGAUGGGACCGUUUAUGUUGGUGACGCAACAACCGACCAAGUUUUGAAAUUUGCAUCUUCAGAGAAGGCUGAACAUCGUUCUGUGAAAAAGGGAGGAAUUGAAGUUCAUGAAAUGGAAGUUUCACUAAUGCCGGAUGGCACCGUGCAAGAAAGCGAAACAUUUCUUCAAGCUAAAGUAAAACCCCAGCCCAGUCCACAGGAAACCUCUCUGGAGAAGACCAAACAGAAUGUGGUAAAGCAAGCAAACCCAGGAGUCUCCCCAGCCAUUAUUACCACAUUGCUUCUGAUACCACUGGUGGUCCUGAUAGGAAUUGCAGUGUUCAUGCGAUGGCGGAAAGGGAGGAUAUAUGGAGAUACAUCUGAAAAUAAGCUGGACAGCAGUUCUUCUGGAAUCUUAGGAAAAUUAAGAGGAAAGAGCAGUGGAGGUCUCAAUCUUGGGAAUUUCUUUGCAAGUCACAAAGGCUACAGCAGGAAAGGAUUUGACAGGCUGAGCACCGAGGGAAGUGACCAAGAGAAGGACGACGAGGAAGCCACCGACUCCGAGACAGAGGAGUAUUCUGCUCCCCCGGCGCCAGUCUCGUCGUCCUCUUGAGCCGUGCGGACUGCUGACUUUCUGAAUGCCAAUGAAGACUUCUGAAAUCCGUAUCGCUCAUGUGUAUUUAAUAGUAACUGUAAUUGUCUAUAUUGGCUGCCAAUAAUUUAUUUGUGCAAAGUUCCAUGAGGGAGAUAAGACUGCCAUUUUAAGUUUAAUCAUUAAAACUGGGCCAGAUUAAAAUGCUGGUCGUGCAAGGAGCACACUGAUUUCUUUUGGGGCUUUCUUUUUUCUUUUUUUUUUUUUUUUUGAAUUGCUUCUUCCAGAUUUUCUCAGCCAAACAUUUUGGGUACCUUGGUUUUGGAUUUUUAUCUGUACAUUUUGUGCCUUUUAAGUAUUCCGCCUUCUGCAGUACUGAAGUCGAAACGUGCCACAUAAAAGACAGAUCCUAAGAUGCAAAGUCUGCUGUAUUUUUGUUCCUGUCCAACCCCAUUCAUUGAAAUGAAAUAAGAGAAUUAUUCUAUAUCUAAAAAUGUAUUGACUAUUUUUCCUAAUUGAUGUACUGCUAAAGUGUCUGAUAUUUAUUGUGAAAUACUGAGGUUACUCUGUCAGAACACUAUUUUCAGUAAUAAUGUAAUUUGUGUAAUAAAGUGUCUGCAAAGCAUA